AUGGACCCUUUUCCCCCCGAGACAGACCCCCAGGCCCUGCUGCAUGCAGCAGCCCCUGGGGGGCCCCCCGAGCUGCCUCCGCAGGAGGUGGGGGGCCCCCUGGGGGCCCCCCCGGGGUCCCCGGAGGCCCCGGGGGCCCCCGGGGCCCCCGGGGACUCCCUGGGCGCUGGGGCCCUCGGAAUGCCCGGGGGGCCCCCGGGGCCCCUGGGGGGCCCCCAGGUAAGCCCGGGGGCCCCGGGGGGCCCCCUGGGGGCCCCCGGGGGGCCCCCCUGCCUAGACACUCCAGGGACCAGCGAAAGUGUGGGGCCCGCCUCUUCUUUAGGAGCUGCUUCGGGGGAAGGGGAAGAGGGGGGCCCCCUAGGGGGGCCCCCCUUGGGGGGGGGCCCCCUGGGGGGCCCCCCCCUGGGGGGGGGCCCCCUGGAGGCCCCCCAGGACCACUCGAAGCCGUGGGGCUUUUGCCCCGAGGAGGCCCCUGCAGCAGCAGCAGCAGCAGCAGCAGCAGCAGCAGCAGCAGCAGCAGAAAGGAGACAGGAGGAAGAAACAAACAGCCAAAAGCUGCAGCACUUUCGCUCGCUGCUGCACCGGCUUUCGAAGCAAAAGGACGGGCUGAUGCCCAACCCCGACGGGUCCUUCCCCGCGGACUGGCUGAGUCUGGCCUGGGAGUUUCAGUCUUUGGCGGAGUUGGUGGUUCGCUCGGCCUGGCCUUGCUGCUACCCCGAGGGUUUGCUGCCUUGCGUUUCGGAGCAAAUCGAGUACUUGAAGCGCCGCCUCGAGGAGUUUCCGGGGGCUUCUAGCGGCGAAAAAGACCGCUUUCAGCGGCUGUUUAUUCUGGCGGCUUUGGGGAUUAUUGCGAAAAUGAAAUUAGUGACUUUUUGUUGGACUUUUGUGGAGUUGAGAAAAAAAGAAAUGCAUGCAGGAGCUUCGGGGCUUUCUCUGUACUUGUCGCAUGCGCGGCAGAGUCCCGUGAAGGCGCGCCGCGUUGCUGCUGCUGCUGCUGCUGCUGCUGCUGCUGCGCACCCGGACCACGCUGCAGCAGCAGCAGCAGCAGCAGCAAUGCCCCACCCCGAUGUCGAACGCACCGAGUACACCACCCGCUCCGGCAGAAAGACCCACAGGACCCCCAUGAAACCCGAGAAACUCUAG